AUGACGACUAGUCAGUCGGGUUCUUCACGGAGAAGUAUGGUUUUGACAGCUUCAUCUAGGAAGCAAGCUUCUGAAAAUGGUGCCAAUGAUUCCAGCCGAAGAUCCAUCACUACUCCUCGUCCCAUGGGGCCAGUCGGAGAACGCACAGUGAAGCGAUUGCGUCUCUCAAAAGCCUUAACAGUUCCCGAAACCACAACAAUCAAUGAAGCCUGCCGCCGGAUGGCCGCCCGGAAAGUCGACGCCCUUUUGCUCACAGACUCAAACGCCUUACUUUGCGGCAUAUUAACCGACAAGGAUAUUGCAACAAGAGUCGUCGCUCGUGAGCUUGAUCUUGAAACCACCCCUGUAUCAGCAGUAAUGACAAGAAACCCAGUUUUUGUAAUCUCUGAUACUCUCGCUGUUGAAGCCCUGCAAAAAAUGGUGCAAGGAAAAUUCAGACAUUUACCCGUUGUAGAAAAUGGAGAAGUUAUCGCGAUUCUUGACAUUGCAAAAUGUUUAUACGAUGCAAUUGCUCGAAUGGAAAGAGCAGCUGAAAAGGGGAAAGCCAUUGCAGCUGCUGUUGAAGGCGUUGAAAAGCAUUGGGGCACUUCCGUUUCUGGUUCCAAUACGUUUAUUGAAACACUUAGAGAACGAUUAUUCAAGCCCACUUUAUCCACCUUUAUCUCAGAUAAUUCAAAGCUUGUGACAGUUUCGCCCUCUGACACACAAACCAAUUGGGAUUUUAACAUCAAAGGAUAUAUUGAUGAGAGUUAUAGCAUUAGGGCUUCCUCCUGA